GUCUUCCUUCGCUUCUCGCUGUCGCGCUGCUCCUUCUCGGUCCUCUCCGCCGUCCUUCUCAGGGACCCCUAUCUCAUCUCAAAAGCCGUCUGGCAUCAUUCUCACCUCUGACAACCGUUGGUCGUAGGUUGAACCAUUGUCGGCAUCACACAUUCCACGCCCUCGAAACACAACUAAAAAAAAGGUUGAAAACUUCUUUCCUCCGGAAAAGAGUUUUCUACAUCGUCAUCUGUCGACAACAUGUCAAGUGUAGAAUUAUCCCCUCAAAUAGCUCAGGCUCCCAAUAGAACGGGCGAUAUCAUGCAUAACGAACACAGUGUGAACGGAGUCAAUGGGAUCAGUAAGAUGGAUCAGAUGAAAGAAUUGGAACAGCAAGUGGAACGUGUGUCGUUGAAUGGCGUAGAACCCGUGGCAUCGCACAUCGAGUUGGAUCUUCACAGAGCAUGCGCGGAGGGUAGAUUGGACGAUGUUAGAGUCAUUCUCAGUCGUAGUCUUGACAACCUCGAGGUUCUAGACCUUGCAACCGGGUGCACUCCCAUCGUCCUCGCUAUCAGGUCCAAUCAUCCUGAGAUCGUCCGCGAGCUCUUGUCGGCAGGCGCAAUGGUUCCUCCUCCUGGGCUUACAAACGACCCACUUCUCUUGUCUAUUCUAUACCCCCAGCCAAUGGGGAUGGGCAUGUACGGAAUGCCCUACAUGCCUUCUGAAUACUACCCUCCGUAUUUCGAAGGGCAGAGAUAUCCGUACCCUCCUCAACACCGUAAAGACUCCUCCAUCGAACCUCAGACAACCCCAAAUGGUCCGGCUACUGGUAAUUCUCAUGGAGUUCCGGAAGGAACCGCUCCACCAAACCUCCCACCUGCUGAAGUCGCCAAAACCAUUCCUUGUCGUAACUUUCCCAACUGUAAAUAUGGCACUUCCUGUGUUUUCUUCCACCCUCGCCAACAGCUCACUCCAGCUCCCGGUUACUACCCUGGUCCGCCAAGCUACGCUCCUAAUGGGAUGGGAGGUAUGAGCGGAAUGCACGGUUACGAAUACAUGCCUUAUCCUCAACCAGGUAUGAUGCCUCCUUAUGGUUACACGCCUUUCCACCCGACUCAACCUCAGCGAGCGCCCAAUCAGCCCGCCCUUAGAACACAGAAUGAAAGUCAGAAUCAGAAUCUUGUCCCAGUCCAAAGUCAAAUGAACGAGCAUGGUCAGAAUAUCCAGUCACAGCAUGUACGCUCCCCACAAUCGUCAGAGAUACCCGAAAAUCAAAACAUUGGCCAUACCCCCGAUUAUCAACAACCGUCAUACCCUUCCAUACAACCCACCCAACCACCCGCUUUCUCACCUCACAUCAACGGUGACGUCAACAGUCAACAACCGAACGGACCCAUCGCUAUCCCUGCCAAUGGUCACAAUCCAUCUCUUCAAAAUGCGCAGUAUGGUGGUAUCUCACCCACUGACUCGAUGCUCGCUACGUCUCUACCUGCUAUCCCGCCUCCCGAGACAUUCUUUGCCACUUCCCCGCCUGGUCCUCCGCCUAUGACACAGCAAAACGGCUUUGUACCCAAUGUGGUCGGACCCAGACGACCAAGUUUCAAUCAAGUACCCUUUGGUCGACCGUUCGCCCACGGUAAAAAAUCGUCUUUUUCCGGUUCUCCUGGUCCAAACGGGUCCGCUCCGAGGUCUUGGGUUCCUCGAGCGUCUUUACCGAACGGCACUCCCGGUCAACCUCUGGGCAGCUGGAAAGAUGGAAACCCUCCACCAUGUGCCUUUUUCAACCAAGGCAAAUGCAGGAAUGGAGAAUUUUGCAAGUUUCCUCAUCUUGAUGCCGAAGGGAAUGACUGCCGUCACCCAGAUGUGGUAAGGGGUAUUGUACCACCCAUCGGCGCCUUCGGCCGACCCUCAAGAAACAGCGGUCGAAUGAACGGCUUCCCAAACGGGCCACACGAUUCCAUGCGCGGGCAAUCUCCUUAUCCCAGUCGAUCUCUAGGUCCCCACCUCCCUCACGGUGUCUCCUCACAUCCUUCCCAGCCUUCUCAUGGUGCUGCUGCCCCUUCUGAGCCUAUUCCAACCACCACUCCUGAGACGAUUGUCCAUCCCGCGUCCAAUUCUCCUCCGCCGACUGCAGAGAACCUUGCUCCAGCGGCUCACUCUGCUCUCCCUAUCAAACCCACUCCCGUCCUCGCUGGCCAGAUGGCCCGCUCAAGCUCGCAACCUGGCGUUCACGGGUUCACGCUUCAGGACACACAUCUCGCACCCAUCCCUGCUCUCUACGUCUCAUUUGGUAAUCCUAAUCCUCGUCGGUCUCGUCCUUUCAACCACACCAACGGUCACCAUCAGUCAAACUCCAACAAUGUGACACGCGGUGGUAACCGGUCAUCUUCAGCUGGCGCAGGGGCCAAAUCUCAACGUGUCCCAGGAGCCGACGAGUUUCCCGCUUUGGGUGGACCAGGAUCUAAAGGCGGUUCACCCCAGGAAAGACAAGAGUCAAGGUUUGGAGGGAAGACUGCUGCUCAGGUAUUGAGUGCUCCAGCACCUUACAAACCUGAAGUCAAGGUCGUUCCCGAGGUUGAGACUGGCUCCACGAAAGAAGAAGUGGAGUCGAAUGACAUCAAGGGCUCUGAGAAAACAAAUGGGACAGGCAAAGAGAAUGAAAAUGAGAAAAGGACUAAGAUGGGAAGCGUGAGAAGUGUUAGUAUGGAUUCCAUAACUGAGGCGGAUAAUGACACUGUGGUCAUAUCACACAAACAAUACACUGCGUCUAAGGGAGGAGUGAACUGGGUACACGAAAAAGAGGUCGGAACGGAGAUUAGAAAGACUACAGUGUCUUUCGCUUCGAUCGCCAGUGUCACACCUGUGACGACGGGUCAUGUGGAGGUCGCUCCUGUGGCUCUCAAGGCGUAGAGAUUGAACUGCGUCCUUCAUAUCAUGUUCCUUACUCCGACAUCGAUAAAUUACACCCAAUUCACCCUUAAUCCUUGUACCAGUCACCUUAUCAGCCGAUACUCGCUCUUAAUCCCCUGCCGAUGUCACCUCAAAUACAUCAUCCCGAAUUAUGCGCUGCUCUGUCAGAUCAAUGACAAACGAACUUCACUUCCGACUUUUAUCUACCCAUCAUCUCGUCAGCUCGAAAAGUUCACAAAAAAACGUUGAUGAUCCUUGUCACUCGGCUUCUUUAUAUUGCCCUGUCCGUUCCAUCCAUCACCUUGUCCCUGUAUACUCCUCACUACUGUAUUCCUCUUACUCUUUCAGUCGCCGUCACAUAUAUUCCACCAGCCACUUCUUCACCUCAUCACAUCUAAACUCUUCCUGCUUCCUGUCUAUCUCUCGAUUUCAUGACUCCUGCAUAUUGUCCCUAUCCAUUUUUUCAUCUUUGAGCCUUCUCUCAACCAUCUUGACCUUCACCCCGAUUUGCUCAUACCCCACUCGCGCCACUCGGCUCGCGGCAAACACGCCGAAGACCAUUCGUUAAAUUUCACACAUUCGUCUAUUCGGGUUAUCUUGGAUUGUAAAUUCUGAUGCAUGAUGCAUUUGUGUGACGUUG